AUGUUAAUUUUAAGCUUUCAUUCUCCUCGUUUCAUUUAUUCAUUCUCAAAAUAUCCUUCUUCCAUUCGCCUUUUCAUUCUUUCAUUCUGCUCCUUCCAUUCGUUCAUUCUCCUCAUGUCGAUCUUUCAUUCUCGUUAUUUCAUCCUUUCAUUCUCCUCAUUUCAUUCUUUCAAUAAUCCUCAUUUCAUUCUCCUCCUAAUCAUCUCAUUCUUUCAUUCUCUUCAUUCCAUUCGUUCAUUCUCCUCAUUUCAUUCUUUCAAGCUUACAAUUCAUUCAACACGUCAUUCAUUUGUUCUCCGCCUUUCAUUCUAUUCAUUGCAUUCUUUCAUUCUUCGCAUUCUUUUCUUCUCGUCAUUUUAUUCUAUAAUUCUCAUCAUUUCAUUCUUUCAUUCUCCUCAUUUCAUUCUCCUCAUUUCAUUCUCCUCAUUUCAUUCUUUCGUCCUAAUCAUCUCAUUCUUUCAUUCUCCUCAUUUCAUUCUUUCAAGCUGCCCAAUUCAUUCAACACAUGUCAUUCAUUUGUUCUUCGCCUUUCAUACUUUCAUUCCCUUCUACUUAUUUCAUUUUCAUCGUUUCAUAAGAAAUUCUUUUCAUUUCAUUCUUCCAUUCGCUUCAUUUCAUUCCUUCAUUCUCAUUUCAUUCCUUCAUUCUCAUUUCAUUACUUCAUUGUCUAUUAAUUCUUUCAUUCCCAUUAUUUCAUUCCUUCAUUUUCCGAAUUUCAUAUAUUUUAUUUCUUAA